AUGAUGCACCGCCCGAAGAGGCGGAGGCUAGACGGAUCUCCGGCAUUCCAAAACAAGCCGUUUCGCUCACCCCUCAAAAGAGCUGACAUCCGUGAAGCCGAGCCACACGGGAACCUGAAUGAUAGAGCAGAACCCGAGCGUCGUCUAACAUCGGCGCCUACGUCUAGCAUUGACACUUCAGAUAUUCCGCCUAGGAGUUUGUCUUCAUCUUCAUCAGCUCUCGAAUCCACCGUUGUGCCCGCUGCUGCGAAUCAAGACCUUCGCAAAGAGCAUUCAGCACUCUCAAGACAGCUUGCACAGCUCCGUCAGUCUCUCGACACAGCUAAGCAAGCUCUCGACAUUGAAACGUCGAACCAAGAUGUCGAACUGCGCGGGUUGAUUUCUAAAUGGAGAGCUGUGGCUCAAGAAGCCGCAGAAGAACUGUUCGUUGAUGCCAAAGAGCGAGUCCAGGCAAUGGGCGGAGUUCAUGCGUGGCAACGACGCAAUGAACAGGAUGCCCGCCUGUGGAAUGACAAUGGGCCUGAACAACCUGACGGCCAGUGCGACGACACAGCACGGCAUAGUCCCCUGGUUGGCGAUGACGACCUGGAUGGCUCCAACGACCUCGAUGAAGAUGAAGGCGAAGCUUCCUUCAACAUGGAAAUGAUGCUUCGGCAAAUGAAUGUUGACCCGCGAGUCAUCGGGUACGACGAAGACCUCGAACGGUGGGUAGAAUGA